AUGACUGAAGGAAAGAAGCAUGUCUCCAUUGUCAUUUGCGGCCAUGUCGACGCUGGCAAAUCCACCACCACUGGCCGAUUGAUCUUCGAGCUUGGAGGCAUCUCCGAGCGUGAAAUGCAGAAGUUGAAGGAUGAGGCCAAGGCCCUCGGGAAGGAUUCCUUCGCAUUUGCCUUCUACAUGGACAAGUCCAAGGAGGAGCGUGCCCGCGGUGUCACUAUCGCGUGCACUACCAAGGAAUUCUUCACGGACUCUUACCAUUACACGAUCAUUGAUGCCCCGGGCCAUCGCGAUUUCAUCAAGAACAUGAUUACUGGUGCCUCCCAGGCCGACGUUGGACUUCUCAUGGUUCCCGCCGAUGGAAACUUUAUUACUUCUAUUGCCAAGGGCGAUCACAAGGCCGGUCAGGUCCAGGGACAGACCCGCCAGCAUGCUCGUCUUCUCAACCUUUUGGGCGUCAAGCAGCUAAUUGUCGGUGUGAACAAGAUGGAUUGCGACCUCGCCAAGUACGGCAACGAGCGAUUCACUGAGAUCAAGAAUGAGGUUACGAGCAUGCUUGUCAAGGUUGGGUGGAAGAAGGACUUCGUGGCCAAGAGCGUGCCGGUCAUCCCGAUCUCUGGAUGGAUGGGCGAUAACUUGAUCACCAAGUCUGCCAAGAUGGGUUGGUGGAAGGGCUGUGACGUCCUUGUCGGUAAGGAGAAGGCCCAUAUCGACACUUUGUCCGAUGCUCUCGAGAAGAUGGUCAGGAUUCCCGAUCGUCCGACCAACGCCAAGCUCCGCAUGCCAGUAUCUGGUGUGUACAAGAUCAAGGGUGUCGGUGAUGUGAUCACCGGCCGUGUCGAGCAGGGUGUCAUCAAGCCUGAGGACCAGGUUCUCUUCCUGCCGACUCACACUACCUCCACGCCCUGUUCUGGAAAGGUUUUCUCCGUCGAAAUGCAUCACAAGUCAGUGCCGGAGGCUGGUCCCGGAGACAAUGUCGGACUUAAUGUCAAGGGUGUCGAGAAGCUUAACAUGCCUCGCGUCGGUGAUGUGAUGAUUCUCACCAAGGAUGACUCCCUCAAGCGUUGCGCCACGUUCACGGCCCAGGUUCAGAUCCUCGACCAUCCAGGGCAGCUCAAGAUUGGCUACGCCCCAGUGGCAUUCGUCCGCACUGGCCGAUCUGCCUGCCGAAUCAAAUGCAUCAACUGGAAGAUGGGCAAGGAGACCGGAGGUGCCAAGGUCGAGAACCCCGAUUACAUCAAGGCUAACGAAGUCGCUGAAAUUGUUUUCGCUCCGCAGCAACCAUUCGUUGUCGAAGGAUUCAAGAAGUGCGAGGGCCUUGGGCGUGUUGCCAUUAUGGAGGGUAACACAGUGGUCAUGCUCGGCAAGGCCAUCAAGGUCGAGUUCUCCGACGCGUAGUAGGACAUAAACGGUUUUGCGUCGAAUAGUAGCUUUUUACGUUGCUCACCGUCGGCCAUUCGUAGGGUCAUAUUCGGUUUGCUCGUUGACCUAGCGUAUCCUCAUUCGUUAUUGCGAUUUUGCUUACUCUACAGUCGCUCUAACUUUGAUACAGAUCUUAUCUUACGAUCGCUAACGUCAAAGUCGGGAUCCCAGAGUGCGGACGAAGCCUUUUUUUGCAGUCUGCACAUGGCGAGUAAACAAAAAUUUGAAUUGUUGUG